CAAUGUGCACACAACAUACAGAUGAUGAUCCUCGACCUCGAAUUCGAACGCGGCGUUUCGAGGAUCAUCGUAUGUUGAUGGCCAUUCCUGAUCAGAUCUUGAUGAUUUCUCUGGGCAUCUAUGGUACGGUAUACGUUUCGUGAUAUCGUCAGCUAGUGAAAGGGAGCUAAACUGGAAUGCAACCAAAGUACAACUUACUUCACCUCUGUGUUAGUACCUGAUCCCAGAUGACUCAUUGACCUCACAAUCAACAUGUUUUCAAUGAAAGCCAGACAAGGUUUGCAGGCUGUUAAACAACUGGCCAUACUUCCUAACUCAUGCAGAUCCCAAAGACUAUUUAGUGUUCAUAGAGGUGAGGAUGAAUACACACACAUCAUUGUUGGAGGGGGAUCUGCUGGAUGUGUCCUGGCAAACCGUCUUUCUGCCUUACCUAGCAACAACAUUCUUCUUCUUGAAGCUGGGCGCAAAGACUACACAUGGAAGAUCCACAUGCCUGCUGCUCUUAUGUAUCCUCUGGGGAGCAAAACCUACAACUGGUAUUACCACACAGUUCCUCAAAGGCACAUGGAUAACAGAGAGAUGUACUGGCCAAGAGGUAAGGUCCUAGGUGGAUCAUCCUCUAUCAAUGCAAUGUGUUAUGUUAGAGGACAUGCUUAUGAUUACGAUAGAUGGGAACAAGAGGGCGCUUUAGGUUGGUCUUACGCAGAUUGUCUACCGUAUUUUAAACGAGCCCAGUGCCAUGAACUUGGUGAAGAUGAAUACCGUGGAGGUGAUGGUCCCCUUCAUGUAUCUCGAGGUAAAUCAAACAAUCCUUUGUUUGAGGCAUUCAUAAAAGCUGGUGAGCAGUGUGGAUAUCCAUACACCUCAGACAUGAAUGGAUACCAACAAGAGGGAUUUGGAUACAUGGAUAUGACAGUCCACAAUGGCAUAAGGUGGAAUACAGCAAAUGCAUACCUUCGAUCAGGGAAUGUACAAAAGAGGGAUAACUUGACUGUCCUUUCAAGGUCUUUUGUUGAUAGGAUUGUAUUUGAAGGAACUAAGGCCGUUGGAAUAGAGUACACACGGAACAAAGCUAAGAAGGUUGUAAGAGCAACACAGGAAGUAGUUUUGUCAGGAGGUGCAAUUAACUCACCGCAGUUGUUGAUGCUUUCCGGUGUAGGGAAUGCAGAUGACCUAACAGAUCUGGGCAUCCCAGUAGUUGCCCAUCUUCCAGGUGUAGGACAAAAUCUUCAAGAUCAUCUAGAGGUCUAUGUUCAACACCGAUGUACGAAACCCAUUACAUUGUACAAGGCUCAAUGGAAGUUUCCUCACAAUAUGGUUGCUAUCGGGCUUGAAUGGUUUUUGUUUCAGACCGGCCUAGCUGCUACUAACCACCUAGAAGCAGGGGCUUUCAUCAGGAGUCGUCCUGGAAUAGAUCACCCAGAUCUCCAAUACCACUUCCUUCCAUCGGUUGUCAAUGAUCAUGGGCAGAAACCUGGUCACUGCCAUGCCUUUCAAGUUCACAUUGGUUCUUUGAGAGAAACUAGUCGAGGCUUCCUGCAGCUCCGAUCUCCUAAUCCCAGAGAACAUCCUAUUCUUGAUCCCAAUUAUCUUGCCACCGAGGAUGACCGUUGGGAUAUGAGAGAAGGUAUUAAGCUCACCAGAGAGAUCUUUGCUCAGACUGCCUUUGAUCCCUUCCGUGCUGAGGAGCUUCAACCAGGACCUAAUGUCAACACUGAUGCAGAGAUAGAUGCAUUUAUUCGCGCCAAGGGAGAUACUGCCUACCACCCUUCCUGUACAUGCAAGAUGGGUUCUGAAGAUGAUCCAAUGGCUGUUGUAGACCGCAAUACCCGUGUCCUUGGUUUGGAGAAUCUUAGAGUUGUUGAUGCAUCCAUCAUGCCUAGUAUUGUCAGUGGCAAUCUUAAUGCUCCAACCAUUAUGAUAGCUGAAAAGGCAGCUGAUAUCAUCCUUGGCAACACACCUCUUGAACGAUGUGAUGUACCAGUCUGGAAACCUGCUACAUUAGAAACCCAAAGAUGGUCAGGAGAUGUGAAGCUUGCAGCAACUGGUUAAAGAACAUUCAAAGAAAAAAAAAAUGUUUGCUCAUUUCUGCUAAUGUUAAAAUUUGCCUUAUUUUUCCUUCUUAUUAGAUGCAGACAUGCGGAAGUCUUCUUGUUUGUGAUAGUCUGUACAAUGUGAAUAUGAAAGCAUUUACUGAGAUUGUACAUGAUAUUAUAUGAAACAGAAGGUGAUUGCUAAAAUCAAAUUGCAAAAUCAAAGGAUUUUGUUAGAUUUUAAUUGUGAAUUUUUUUUAAUUUAAAUUGUGCCUUAAAAUUGUGUCGGUUUUGAAAAAAAGUUUGGAAAAUAGAUAUGUUAUUUUUUUAUGCCUCGGUUAGCUUCUUCCUAUCAGUGGCAGAAGCAUAAAGUUUGGCUGCGGUUGAGAAUUCAUCUAGACACUC